CGUGCAUACACUUUGCAAUCAUUGGCAAUCAUUCAGCAUUUACAUCUUUCUCGAUCAUCACUUCCAUUCAGUCAAAAUGUCGAUCAACAUAGUAUCACAUCCGCUACUUAAGCAUCAUUUGGCCAAUUUGAGAUUAGCCUCGACAUCUCCAAAGGAGUUUCGACAGCUAAUCUCGACGAUCUCCUCAAUCGUAGCAAUCGAAGCAACAAAGCAGCUAGACUCUACGCAUGUUCAAGGACAAGGGCCAUUAUCACAAUUCCAAGGAGAAGAGAUCAAAGAGAGGAUCGGAUUGGUACCGAUCUUACGUGCAGGGUUAGGAAUGGUAGAUGCCACAUUAGCAUUGAUGCCUGAAUCAACGACAGUAUUGCAUAUCGGACUCUUUCGUGAAAAGGUUUCAUUACAACCGGUGGAAUACUACAGUAAGCUGCCUUCUGAUCCAACAGUCGAUAGAGUCUUCAUCUUGGAUCCACUCGUUGCUACAGGUGGAACGGCAAUCACAUGCGUCAAUAUGAUCAAAGAAUGGGGCAUUCCAAUACAAAAGAUCACGCUAUUAUCCGUUCUGGGAUCUGAAUCUGGUUUGCAAGCUAUCGCAAAAGCAUGGCCAGAAUUGGAUAUUUGGGUAGGACAAGUGGAUCCUGUUUUGAACGAGAAAGGAUAUGUAUUACCAGGUCUUGGAGAUACAGGCGAUCGUUUAUUUAACACUGUAUGAUGACGAUGAAAUGGCGAUAAUAUACAGAUCAAAGUAUCAAUGUGUGCACCACUCCAAUCUUUUCAAUUCUCUUUCGUUCCUUUUUCUCUUUCCUUGCGGCUGUCUUUUUCUUCCUCUUUCGUUCUUUGACUCUCUUUUGAUUUUUAGCUCUAAGUGCUUCUCGACCUAAAACACUAUCCCUCUCUCCAAAUACCACCCUUUCAAGCAGUUGUCCCAUCUUUCUUCUAGCCAUAUCUCGAU